UCUGUGUGCGGGCUGAAGGAUGUUCAAUGAUCCGCCGGUGAUCACAAACACACAUGAUCAGAACAUCUGAAUGAUCUUUCUACUCCUCAUCAGAAUCUUUCCCUCAGUUUGAGUCUGAAUGUGAACGCCAGCUAUCGGAUUUAUGACAUCUCAUGAGAAAUGAAACAAAUGUGGAUGUUUUUUUCAUCGGAAUUCUUCUUUAAUUCGUUUGGGAAACACGGAGACUCGUCUGAUGCUCUUCACUGAGAUCGGGAUCCAUCAGUUUGGGACAUUCACACAGUAAAAGAUGAAGUCGCAGGUUCCUCUGCAGAUUCUGCUGUACGCUACAGUCAUCAGGACUCUGAAGGUGGUGUCCAAACGCGGAUCAGUGGAUGGCUGCACAGAUUGGUCUGUGGACUACCUGAAGUAUAAAGUUCUGUUGGGCGAGCCUGUGAGGAUUAAAUGUGCUUUAUUUUAUGGAUAUAUCCGUGCAAAUUACACACACGCUCAGAGCGCCGGACUCAGUUUGAUGUGGUACAAAAGCACCGGACACGGAGACUUCGAGGAGCCCAUUUCAUUUGACGGCAGCCGUAUGAGUAAAGAGGAAGACUCCAUCUGGUUCAGACCGGCUGAGAUGCACGACGUGGGUCAUUAUUCAUGUGUGUUGAGGAAUUCGACGUACUGUAUGAAAGUGUCGAUGUCUCUAACGGUGGCGGAGAAUGACACGAGUCCUUGUUACAACUCCAAGAUGAGAUACAUUGAGAAAGCCGAGUUGAGUAAAAGCAAAGACAUUCUGUGUCCAGACAUUGAUGAUUACAUACAGCCGGGAAAAGAGCCAGACAUCACCUGGUACAAGGAAUGCCGGCCGAAACAGUGGAGGCAAAGCAUCGUCAGAAAAGCAGAUUUACUCUCCAUUAAAGACGUGUGGGGAGAUGACAUUGGGAAUUACACGUGUGAAUUACAGUUUGGGACUUUUGUGGUGAGGAGGACGACUGAACUCUCCGUCACAGCACCGUUGACUGACAAACCUCCGAAGAUCCUUUAUCCAUCUGAAAAUCAGAUCAUGGAUCUGCAGUUAGGCAGCGCUGUGAAUCUUACCUGUCGAGCAUUCUUCGGCUACAGUGGUGAUGCAAGUCCACUCAUCUACUGGAUGAAGGGAGAGAAGUUUAUCGAGGAUCUGGAUGAAAGUCGAAUCAGAGAAAGUGACAUUAAAAUGCUUCGAGAACACUUGGGUGAGCAGGAGGUUUCUAUCACACUGAUGAUAGAUGCUGUUGAGGAGAGUGACCUGGGAAAUUAUUCCUGUUAUGUGGAAAAUGGCCACGGAAGACGACAGGCCAAUAUACAACUGAGCAAGAGAGUUGAGCUGAUGUAUACGGUGGAAUUAGCUGGUGGUUUGGGAGCAAUUCUGCUGAUGUUGAUAUUUUUGGUGUUGCUGUAUAAAUGUUACAGAAUCGAGCUCAUGCUCUUCUACAGAAAUCACUUCGGCAGUGAGGAUCUGGAUGCAGAAAAUAAAGACUAUGACGCAUAUGUGUCGUACACUAAAGUGGAUCCAGACCAGUGGAGUCAGGAGACGAGAGAGGAAGAACGUUUCGCUUUGGAAAUUUUGCCUGACGUUCUGGAAAAACAUUAUGGGUAUAAACUCUUUAGGCCUGACAGGGACUUGAUCCCAACCGGAAGUUUCAGCAAUGAUCAUUUCCAGGAUGAAACAAGACUCCUUAGAGCAUACAUUGAGGAUGUCGCUCGAUGUGUUGACCAGAGUAAACGUCUCAUCAUUGUCAUGACGCCCAAUUACGUGGUGCAACGCGGCUGGAGCAUCUUUGAGCUGGAGACACGGUUAAGGAACAUGCUGGUUACUGGAGAGAUUAAAGUAAUUAUCAUCGAAUGUGCAGAGCUGCGAGGGAUCAUGAAUUAUCAGGAAGUCGAAGCUCUAAAACACACCAUCAAACUUCUAACGGUCAUCAAGUGGCCUGGCCCUAAGAGCAGUAAACUCAACUCCAAGUUCUGGAAGCAGCUUCAGUAUGAAAUGCCCUUUAAACGUCCUGAACCCAAGCUGGCACAUGAGCAGGUGCUGGACGUGAGUGAGCAGGGACCCUUCGGCGAGCUGCAGACUGUCUCAGCAAUCUCUAUGGCAGCAGCCACUUCCACUGCCAUGGCGACUACACACCCAGAGCUGCGCUCUACUUUCCACAACACAUACCACACGCAGCUGCGACAGAAGCAUUACUACAGGAGCUACGAGUACGACAUCCCUUCGUCUGGUACCCUCCCGCCCCUGUCAUCACUAGGCAACCAACACACCUACUGCAACAUCCCAAUGACACUUUUGAAUGGACAACGACCACAGGGGAAAACACCUCGUGAACAGCAGCAGGCGAUAGAGGAGCAACACAUUAAUAAUGCGAUGCUGCCACUGUUGCCUCGAGAAACCAGCAUCUCCAGUGUCAUCUGGUGACAUCAUCAGGAAGGGGCCAUUUUUAUUAGUCGAAUGCUAAUAGCACUUAAGACCCUUAAAAACAAACUAACGACUGCUGCUGUUGACUUGCACCAAGAUUCACAGGGAUUUGAAAUAUUAAGGCUAGAACUCUGAAACUGUCACCACGCCACUCAACAUGAAAUCAGAACAGGCAUUAAGGAGGAUGAAAUGAAAGAAAACUUGCAAAGCUCAUUCUGUUUCAUUCUUACACAAACACAAACAACUCGCUUAUAUAUUCUCAAGGAAUACAGGGUCUUGUACAUUAUUUAUAUUUGAAAUUUCUUUGUAGCAUUGGUAUUUUUUUAGUUAUGGUCUACUGUUCUUUUUAAAAAAUUUACCAUCUACAUUUUUAUAUCUAAUUGUUUCUUCCUUUGCAAAAUAACAGGGCAGAGACAUGGAAAGUGUAAAGGCAGAGCUGAUUUGUUGUAGCUUGAAUCAGUACUUGUUUUCUAAAUCAAAAUAAGAUUUGUGUUGUGAUGCUUUCUUUGAGAAAGCAACGUGCGUUUAAAACAUUAUUUUAUAUUUUGUUCCCGUCUGUGGAUGAUAUCUUAGAUCUACUUUGAAGAAAACACUAAAUUAUGCAAAUGAUCCUAAGGCCUGAACGUGCUUCUUCCUGAAUGAACGACUGGGCAGAUGACACUGGGAAAAAAUUAGAUGUCAUCUUGACACUAGUGCAAGGGUCAGCAUCCUUUUUUACAUGGAAUGCCAUUUCUAUAUUUUCCUGGUUAAAAAAAAAUUAUAUUAUCAGCAUAAUGGUUUGAGUGUAAAAUUUGUGAAAAACACGAUGAUUAUGAUAUAAUCAUGAUCCUGUAUGUGAAUCUUCACUGAGCAUCUUAUGAAAGUGCUUUAAUGAAAGAGAACCUGUCCUUUUGUACAAAAUUAGUUAACACAGUUAAUGUCACAAAUUUGCUUAUUUGAUCACAGAAUUCUGUGGAAUCUUAAAUAUUUUCAUGUCAUGCAUUUUUCAAAAUCAGUAUUCACUAACACGUAUGCAAUGGUGAGAGAGGAGCAGUCUAUUUUAUUAUAUAAAGUUUUCCGCACCUGCAUUCCAAUCUAUGUCUUGAUGUAAUCGUUCCUCAUGAUCACACAGUGUGUUUUCAUCAGCUGAAUGCAAGGGUGUAGCAAGCACCCCCCCCUUUUCCAAGCUGAACCCAUACAGAGUCCAAAUGGUGGAUAUGUAUACAGUAUUCUUUGCAUUUUGUUACUUUGGGCUGAUUGAACGAACAUCCAGCCAAUCACAGGUGAGUUUCAUGAGCCAAAACAACCCUUGCAUAAUAGGCCGUCAGUCAGACAGUCUAAUCAACACCGCUUCGUUAAGUUCUACAAAGUUGCUUUUAACAAUGAUCAUUUAGCCAUGUUUUUUAUUGCCAUUUAAUGUUGAUCUAAAUUAAUAAUGUAGAGAUGAGGAACACACAAACAUGUUUUUUUUAUCAGCUGAUUGUUCUUGAUUGGCAGCAUUAUGUGAAAUGCACUGCAGAAAAAAGGACAAUCCUUCUUUUAAACACACAUUGUAUGUGGAGUUUAUAGCAGCACAUGAGUCUUCAUAAUGUUAUGCUUUUUACUUUAUGCUUGUGAGGUAAUAGUUUGAUUGGUUGUUUUUGCCAAUUUAAGCAGAUUACUCGAGAUCUGUGUUAAACAUAUAAUGCUAUUUUUAAUAUCAGCUCUUAUUUUUUACCUAUAUGUUGGUGUGCAGUCGACAAACUAAAAGAAAGAUCUGCUGUGUUCUUGGAACACUUUUUACUGAAGUCAAUAGAUAUGUAGACCCACUUUUUUUAUACAUGAAAACAUAUGGACAUUAUUGAAACACAUAUAUUUAUAUUAUAUAUUUAUGCAUUUGGCAGAUGCUUUUAUCCAAAGCGACAUACAGUGCCCUUAUUACUGGGACAAUCCCCCCUUGCUCAACGACACAAUGGUGGUGACUGUGGGGAUCGAAACAGCAACCUUCUGAUUACCAGUUAUGUGCUUUAGCCCACUACGCAGCCACCACUCACAUCAAUACUUUUAAAUCCCACAAACAACACAUAAUUAUAAGACUAUUAUUGUUGUCUUUUGAAAAAAGUCAUGCUCAGCAGCUCACAAACUGUAAGGAAAUUAUAUAUUUGUUUUUUUCUUAUAAUUCAUAAAACCUCUACUAAAGUCUCUUAUUUUUUAUUUGUAUUAUAAUUAUAUUUUUUAGGUCUGUAGACAUAUAUAUUUUAAAGGAUUCUAAUUUUCUUUUCAUCAUUGAUUCAGUGACUAACUCAUUUCAAACUCAACUGUGUCACCAGAAAUUGUCACUGAAUCAUUAAAUGGAUCUGAACUAAUUU